GGUAAUAAAAUAUCACGACCAUCCGCUCGGAACAUCGCCACCAUCACGCUCACAUUACUUGCACUGAAUAUCAAGCGAUCACAACAUUGCAAUUGCGGCAUCACCAUUUGACGCUUCCGUGUGCAACAUGGCGACCCUACUUCAGCUGCCCGUUGAGCUCCGGCUCAAGAUCUACUCCAUGGCCAUAUCUUCACGGCCGAAUGUCAUCAACAUCGACGAAGGGGCCAGCUCGAGCGAGCCGCCGCGAUCAACGCUGGCCAAGUCUCUGGCUGCAGUCGACCAGGAGCUCACGCGUGAGAUGAUACCCAUUUACUGGUCGACCAACAUCUUCGAGACGUACCUGCUCAACGGAAUGGGUCAUUACAUCCCGACCGACUGGACAUUCCAUCGAUGGCUCAAGGACAUCGUCAAGGACUCGGCCACUUGCAUUCGACACUUGAGGUUCAAAGGCAUGCUGAGGAUUCCUCUCGACCACGAACAGGAUUGCAUCUUCACCGUCGAUGUCGACCUGAGGCGCCGCAAAACGUGGGUCUGGAACAAGUCGGGCCAGCCGUGUGAUUGCGAGCACGCCAUCAUUCUGCGGUCUCGCAUGGCCGAAAGAUUGACGCAGAUCCCGCGGGUGGAUGGCCAAUGGCAACCCUCACCCUCGAUUCUUUGGGAUGUCUUCGACUGUUGGUACGCUUAUCAUCCCGUUCUCAGUCGACCGGCGCGUUCGUGGGAUGAGUUUCAGCGGCAGUAUGGCCACUUUGGCCCUUGAUACAUCAGCAUCAGCAUCACAGCACGGCGGCCGGAACCAUCGUUGCGGCCAGCACAAGGCGUCGCCCCAUUAGGCUUGUCACAAUGUCUGCAAGACUGCAUAUUUCAAUAA